AGAAGAAGAAGAAAACAAAUACCAGGCGUACUUCCGGAAGCUAGAGAGUACUUCGAGUACUGUUUUGUUUUAUUUUAUUUUAACCCGAAAGUUUGCUGACUCAGCGGUGUUCCUAACACCACCGGGGAGCAGCCCGGGUCUGUCCGCCAUGCUUCAGCCUCCGGAGGGCAGGGAGAGGCCGCAGCUCCCUCUGGUCCGCUCUCUGAAGAGCAGCUUACAGGUUCCUGUGCUGUUCUUUAACCGCAGCCCUCGCACCAUCCAGCUGCUGUGGAUUAAUUUCCGGGGACAGCCGCAGUCUUACGGCGAGCUGCAGCCGCAGACUGGGAUGAGGAUGAGGACUUUUGUAGGACACCCAUGGAUGUUUCGUGACGCAAAGACUGAUGACCCGAUGUUGGUGAAUAAUAAAGAGAUCUACUUGCCCCAUGCGCUAGAAAACGGCCAAGUAUCUGUGGUCAACAUCACACUACCAGUGUUUUCCCUGAGGGAGCGCUGCCUGCAGGUGGUGAGGAAGCUCGUACAUAUUGAAGAUUUCUCUCGGUUAGAAAUCGCUCAGAGUCUUCGGGAAGAUCUCGCUCGGAGUCCGAGCAUCCACUCAGACCUCCAGCGCAUCAGUCGGAGAGUGGAGCAGAGACUGCUGCAGAACAGAGAGGAGCAAAACGCAUGAACAUCUCCACUGUCUCUUAUUAUUACUGUUUAUUACUUUUAUUAUUCUUAUUACUACUACUACUACUACUACUACAUGCGCAGCACAAAAGUUCAGCCUGAAGAAAGACAGUUCAUUUCUAGAAUGAAAGCAUCGUCACACAGGAAUUUUAAGCUGUUUGGCUGUGCAAAGGUUUGACUUAAAACCGCCUGACGUUACACAAGCUUUUCACUCCAGGAACCUUUUUCAGGAACCUGGGACCUUUUUUUUUUUAAAUAUAAAGAGGACAGAGAAAGUGUAAGAAAGUAAAAGGUAGUGUGUUACAAUCUUCCUCUUUUCAAAGCCCAAGCAGGGAGCCAGAAAUUGAUUGAUUGAUUGAUUGAUUGAUUGAUUGAUUGAUUGAUUGAUUGAUUGAUUGAUUGAUUGAUUGAUUGAUUGAUUGGAAGUCGUACAUGCGUUUAAAUGUAAACUUUAAAGGUGCAAUCCACGAUUCCUUACUUGUGCAAAUAACCUACACUACGUUCAGACUGCAACCUGAAACGACCCAUAUCCGAUUUGUUGUGAAAUCCGAUUUUUUUGUUAGGCCGUUCACAUUACCAAUUAUAUGAGACUUGUAUGCGAUCUCCAAUAUGAACGGAAAACGACCCAAAAGUGUCCCGCAUGCGCAAAUUGACACGUAAUAAGCACAUCUACGUAAUACGUAAACCAAAAAAAAGCGCACUCUUCAAGUUUAAUGAUUUCUUUUGUUUGUUUAAUUAUCUGGUUAGUGUUAAAGUGUGAGGUCUCGUGUGUGUUUUUGUUUCUGAACUGAAAUGAAAACGUGUAGCCUGGUAACGAGGGUUGACUCCUAAAUGUCUCUCUAAUUUCUAUAUAAGUGCACUACAUGUUACUAGGAAGUAAUGGAUUUUUAAACUCUAUAUAGUGCACUCGAGCUUCAGUAGGCAGUCAUUUGGGAUACGGCCGCUGUAUUACCAAACUCUUAAUUCAGGCUUAAUAAUUUGCACGUAUUUAUUUCGUCAUAUUAAUAAACUUUUUCUACAUUUUUAUAAAUAUUUAUUUAGAUUGUUUAUAGCCAGCUGAAUUCUGCAACUUCACUCAGCGCUGGCUCAAGGUGCACAAACACCAGUGCAGUUUGCGAUGGAGACCGAAGGUGUCAAAUUACUGGAAAUUUCCAGAACAAUCUUGUAAUACAGGAUGGUUUAAGUUAUAAAUCAGUUAUAGAAACUGUGUUUUAUUUAAUCAGGCUAACAGAUAAACAUCCAGGUCCCUACCAAAUCCACCAUUAGCUUGAUCAAUUCUAUAAAAGUCUAUUUAAAUUCUGAAAACUGUACAAAUGUUGUUGUUUUCCACCAAAGAGGCGGGAUUAGCCAACGCAGAAUAGUGACGUUUGUCUCUUGUUGAUGACGUGUAGGUCGCAUGAAUGUGACCUGUCCGGUCAGACUGCAGUCGCAUGUGAAAAUAUCGUAUAUGCAUCGGAAUUAGGACCACAUAUCCAAGCGGCCUGGGUCGCAUGUGAAAAAAUCGGAUCUGUGUCGUUCAGAUUGUCAAUAACAAAUCGGAUACAGGUCGCAUAUGGGCAAAAAAAUCGGAUAUGGGUCGUUUCAGGGUGCAGUCUGAACGUAGUCCUAGAGGAACUAGAACGUGAUGCCAAAACAAAUGCUGGAUUGCGACGUGGCAUGAGCAAAAAGUUUACAAAGUCGGUGAGAAAAUAUGUUUGGGAAAGUGUUUUCCCGUCCGGAAUGCGCCUCCUGUCAAUCAUUUUAUAGACACACUCGAGGUGCCAGCUCAGAUUCUGAGGGCGGAGCUUGUUGAAAAUGGGCGUAGAAUGGGUGCAUGAGCUUAAGGUAUUUAACAAUAUAUAAUAAUCUUUCAGACCCACCGGCCCAUUAAUCUGGAACAACCUAAGGGUAAUGGGGUUUUUUUUUUUUUUUUGGUGCAAGCUCUCACAGUAAAGAUCAUUUUCAAGGUUAACAUUAAAGUACUGCAAGGGAAUGCAAAAGUCAUUUCAUUAAAACUCCCCACCAUGACCCUGAGGGGGUCUCCAUGUCCUGAGAGUUCAGAAGAAAAGAAAAUCUCAUCGAAUUAACUUUUUUAAAAGCUUUCCAAAGCUGCUUGCAUUUCUGUUUAUUUUUUUUAUUUUUUAAAUUGCGAUUCAAAAUGUUUCUGAAUAGUGAUGUAUAAUAUUUUGGUGCAAAACUGAAUAAUGACUUUUUAAACAAUUCCUAAAGUAAAAAUCGCAGGCCUUCAGUUUUC